AGAAAGCAAGUGACCAUGGCUGUUCCAUUUCUUCCGUUUGUGCUUAAAAAUCUCAACUCCUUGAUCCAAAAUGAGGUGGGAUUGCUCUGUGGAGUAAACAAGGAGAUGAAAAAGCUUUCAAGCACUCUCUUCACCAUCCAGGCUGUCCUUGAAGAUGCAGAGCAAAAGCAACUGCAAGACAAAGCUAUACAGAAUUGGUUGAAAGAGCUCAAUGAUGCAGCCUACGAGGCAGAUGACAUCUUGGAUGAGUGCGCAACCGAAGCCCUCAGAUGUGAAUUAAAAGGCCAAGGUUAUGGUUCUCUGAGGCUCUUCCUGUCUCCCCUAUACAUGUAUAAAUUGAGGCCCUCCUAUCAAAAAUCAUGGGCUCAGUUCCAGGAGUACCGGUUAACUAUCAUGGGCUCAGUUCCGGGAGUACCGAAUGUUCUGUUUCGUCACAGAAUAGGGAACAGAAUAAAAGAGAUUACACAGAAGUUAGAUGCAAUUGCUACUAAUCGCAGUAAAUUUCACUUGACCGAGGGAGUUGUGGUGGUGACACGAGUUGAAUAUAAUGCAAGCCGUGAAACUAGCUCCAUUAUCACUGAACCACAACUCUACGGAAGAGAUGAAGAUAAAGAAAAGAUUGUCAAAUUUCUGGUCAAGGAUGUAUAUGAUAGUGAGGAUGUUUCCGUGUAUCCUAUACUUGGUAUAGGCGGUCUUGGAAAGACAACCCUCGCGCAAAUGGCCUUCAAUGAUGAGAGGGUCAAACCCCACUUCGAUUCUAAAAUUUGGGUUUAUGUUUCUCAAGAUUUUGAUGUGAAAAGGGUGAUCAAAGCAACAAUAGAAUCUGCAAAUGAAAAAGCUUGUGAGGCAGUUGACCUAGACUCACUGCAGAGAAAGCUUCGCGACAUGCUGAAUGGGAAAAGAUACCUGAUUGUAUUAGAUGAUGUGUGGGAUGAAGAUCCAGACAAGUGGGAUGCGUUCAAGUAUUCACUAGCAUGUGGAUCAAAAGGUGCUUCCGUUAUCGUCACUACUCGUGUUGAUAAGGUUGCAUCAAUCAUGGGAACUAUUUCACCUCAUCGCUUGUCAGUUUUAUCCAAAGAAGAUUGUUGGUUGUUGUUCAGGCAACGAGCAUUUGGACUUGGAAAUGAAGAACGCCCAAAGGUUGUCGCCAUUGGGAAGGAGAUAGUGAAGAAGUGCGGGGGUGUGCCUUUAGCUGCAAAGGCCCUCGGAGGGCUAAUGCGCUUCAAAAGAGAGGAAAAAGAGUGGCUUCAUGUUAAGGAAAGUAAAUUUUGGAACUUACCCCAGGACAAAAAUUCCAUCUUGCCUGCCUUAAGAUUAAGUUACUCUUAUCUUCCAUUGGAAUCAAGACAAUGUUUUGCUUAUUGUGCCAUUUUCCCAAAGGGUUCUCAAAUUCAAAAGAGAGACCUAAUUCGUCUUUGGAUGGCUAAUGGCUAUAUUUCAUGCAAAGGAGGAUGGGAACCGGAAGAUAUUGGUGAUCAGAUUUGGAAUGAAUUAUGUUUGAUAUUUUUUUUCCAAGAGGCGAAGAACUAUUCAAGCGGUAUAUGUUUCAAGAUGCAUGAUCUUGUGCAUGAUCUUGCCCAAUCAAUUAUGAAGGAUGAAUGUGAAAUGAUUGAGUUUAACAGUUCAAGUAAUAUAUCCAAUGAAAAAGUUCAUCAUGUAACAUUGGUUCUCGGGCGUGGGGAUAAUUUUAAUUACACAUUUCACAAAGUUGUAUCCUUACGGACAUUACGACUACAACGUUCAAAUUGGUUAUUCCUAGAUGACUUAUUUUUGUGUGAUUUCAGAAUGUUUGGUUCACUGCGAGCUUUUGAUGCACCGGCCAGAGUGGCAGAGUUGCCACCUUCAAUUGGCAACGCAAAACAUUUGAGAAUACUGUAA